CCUAAAUCCUUCAUAUCUCCCUCUACACUCCACCGGUCUCAACUCCAACUCUGCCUUCAACCGUUCACUGCCGCCGUUCGCUGCCGCCGUUCGCUGCCGCCGUUCGCCGCCGCCGUUAGUCGCCACCGUCUGCUGCUGCCACUGUCGGCCUCCUCCUUCUUUUUUCAUAAAGGUGAUUCCUCAGGGCUGCUUGGCUGCAUGCAUCAUGAGCGAAUCAUUUACCAUUCAGAUCAGUAAUGAUUUAGUUAAAAAACUUUCUGAUGAUGGUGAGAAGCUCAAGAAAAGAUCAAAGCGGCCAAAACCAAAGAUAUCAAACGAUUCACAGACUUCCUGGUCAAAGGCACAUCAAAAGCCUGUAUCUGAAGAGUCGAAUAAAUGGCCACUUGCACCGCCACCAUUGUACUUACCACUUCCUCCACUUGACCAGCCGUUGAUGGCAGAGUUAGAUGCUAUCAGGUGUGCAGUCCAAGAGAGCGAAAAGCUGGUGGAGAGGUUGCAGAAGAAGGAGGAGAACAUGUUAGAGGAAGUAACACAAAGGGCGAAGGAUCUCCAUGAGAAGGAAUUUAAACUUCCCGACAACAAGCCAAUCCCGUGCUUGGAGGAAAGAGAUGCUUGCACAAAAUGCUACAGGGAAAAUCAGGAGAACCCUCUCAAAUGUGCCAUUGCUGUUCAGAAAUUUGCGGAGUGUGCCCGAAGAGCUAGGUAACUGAUGAUGAUGAGUUCAGCAGGUCAUAAGGGGUCAUCAAAGUAGGGAUUUUCUAAGACCGGAAAUAAAUUGAAUCCUCAUACUUGCGAAAAUUGAUUGAUCCUGUCACUAUGCUUGGUCUAUAUGUGAAACACUAUCCUUGUUAUGAAUUAUGUUUUUCUAUGGAAAAGUUUAUAUUGUGACAUACAGAGUAUAUAUCACCAGUUACUAGAUAUGUUUGCAAUUAACAAUUCACUUAAUCUGCUCAACCCACAGUUUUUACAGGGUACAUAUGAAACAGGGAUUUCAAU